AUGGCUUCCAUUAACAUGGCCUCCCCUUCCUCACCUCUACUACGCUCCAAGAUGACCAAAAACAUGAGCUCAUUCAAUGGUCAAUACCAUCUAAAUCCUUUUACAUCGAAUGGAGAGGGAUUUCGGGGUAAAAGAUUGUGCUCCAUAAGUAAGUCCGAUGGCAUGUUUAAAGCUUCAUUCUUGACUGUAAACGGUGACUCUCUUGUUAACCAUCGGAGUAUCAAUCGUGUGGGGAAAACUGCUGUUAGCGUGUCGUCUGGGUUUGAGAUACAGUCUGAUUCAAUAGCUACGUUAGCCGCUGAAACCAUUCCUGGUAUGGAUUCUUUUUCGAUUAGUGGUGAUGAAUAUGAUUUUGAUCGGCCAACCGCAGGCUUCUCAUCCAUUCCGGAGGCAAUUGAAGAUAUUCGCCAAGGAAAGAUGGUGGUGGUUGUAGACGAUGAAGAUAGAGAGAACGAAGGAGAUCUAAUAAUGGCAGCAGCAAGUGUUACCGCGGAGGAUAUGGCUUUCAUCGUUAAGCACGGAACUGGGAUCGUUUGUGUAAGCAUGAAAGCCGAAAUCUUGGAGAGAUUGCAGCUUCCUCUAAUGGUAACUCGUAACGAAGAUAAGCUAUGCACAGCAUUCACAGUGACAGUGGAUGCAAAACAUGGAACAACAACGGGGGUAUCAGCUAGCGAUAGAGCGACAACAAUAAGAGCUCUAGCUUCAAAAGAGUCGAAGCCUGAGGAUUUUAACCGGCCCGGCCAUAUAUUUCCGUUGAGAUACAGGGAGGGGGGUGUUCUGAAAAGAGCUGGCCACACCGAAGCUUCGGUUGAUCUAGCCGUGCUAGCCGGGUUCGACCCUGUGGCUGUCUUAUGUGAGAUUGUGGAUGAUGAUGGCUCAAUGGCUAGAUUACCAAGACUUAAGCAGUUUGUCGAGAAAGAGAACCUCAAGAUCAUAUCUACCGCUGAUCUGAUCAGGUAUCGAAGGAAAACCGAUAAAUUAGUCCAACACGCUUCCGCUGCUCGUAUUCCUACCACAUGGGGGCCGUUUGUUGCACAUUGUUAUCGAUCGGUCUUGGACGGGAUGGAACAUAUUGUUAUGGUCAAGGGUGAAAUCGGGGACGGGAAGGAUAUUCUUGUGAGGGUACACUCGGAAUGCAUAACCGGAGAUAUUUUCGGGUCGGCCCGAUGCGAUUGCGGGAACCAGCUUGCACUUGCAAUGCAACAAAUUGAAGAUGCGGGCCGGGGCGUUUUGGUGUACCUCAGAGGUCACGAGGGCCGAGGCAUUGGGUUAGGUCACAAGCUCCGUGCUUAUAACCUGCAAGAUGACGGGCGUGACACCGUGGAAGCCAACGAGGAGCUCGGCUUGCCGGUAGAUUCACGGGAGUACGGCAUCGGUGCGCAGAUUUUGAGGGAUCUUGGCGUACGAACCAUGAAGCUGAUGACGAACAACCCGGCUAAAUACAUCGGGCUCCAGGGCUACGGUUUGGAAGAUGCGGGGAGGGUUCCACUUGUGACUCCCGUAACGAAGCAUAACAUGAGAUAUCUUGAGACCAAACGAACCAAGAUGGGUCAUGUUUAUGGCUCGGGGAACAAUGGCAUUUUGAACCUCCUCACAAAAAACAUAUUGAAGACCGAGAACCCGACUGGUUAACGAGUUUUGAGGUUUCGGUCCCGUGUGCCUCCAUUUGGUUUACGACUCUGGGCCCGAAGGGAAAGGAGGUGGACAUCUUUAAAGAAAGUUACAUAAAAGCUAGUGUUGGGUUUUAUUACAACACAGUUUCAAAGCAAUAAAAGUUACAACCUUUAUGUCAAAUAAUGAAAUAUGUGAGGGUUUUUUUUCAU